AUGACAUCUACACCUGAGCUUGUAACGGGCACUGCGGAGCCUCAGCAGAAUGGAAAGUUUAAACUGGAGAUUCCUGAUAUUGUGGUGAUAGUGGUGUACUUUGUGUUUGUUCUAGCGGUGGGAAUAUGGUCAUCAAUCAGGGCUAACCGUGGGACAGUUGGAGGAUACUUCUUAGCAGGCAGAUCCAUGACAUGGUGGCCAAUUGGUGCUUCUUUGAUGUCCAGUAAUGUGGGCAGUGGCUUGUUUGUUGGAUUAGCAGGGACUGGGGCAGCAAGUGGAAUCGCUGUUGGGGGAUUUGAGUGGAAUGCAGCAUGGGUCCUUGUUGCCUUAGGCUGGAUCUUUGUGCCUGUGUACAUUUCUGCUGGAGUGGUCACCAUGCCCGAAUACCUGAGGAAGAGAUUUGGGGGCCAGCGCAUUCGAAUCUACAUGAGUGUGCUGUCUCUCAUUCUCUACAUCUUCACCAAGAUAUCAACAGACAUUUUCUCUGGAGCUUUGUUCAUUCAGGUGUCGCUGGGUUGGGACCUGUACGUCUCCACUGUAGUGCUGCUUGUAGUCACAGCACUCUAUACUAUAGCUGGUGGGCUGACAGCCGUAAUCUACACUGAUGCCUUACAGACUGUCAUUAUGGUAGUCGGAGCAUUUGCUCUCAUGUUCAUAGCUUUUGCUAAAGUGGGCUGGUAUGAGGGUCUGCUGGAGCAGUAUGGAAAAGCUGUGCCUGCAAUCACUGUUCCUAACACUACAUGCCACCUCCCACGACCAGAUGCCUUUCAUCUCUUCCGCGACCCGGUGACAGGGGACUUGCCCUGGCCGGGGCUGCUCUUCGGACUGACCGUACUGGCUACAUGGGUGUGGUGCGCUGACCAGGUAAUAGUGCAGCGGUCCUUGUCUGCCAAAAACUUGUCGCAUGCCAAAGGUGGCUCUGUGCUGGGAGGCUACCUGAAGAUCCUUCCCAUGUUCUUCGUUGUCAUGCCUGGCAUGAUCAGCAGAGCACUCUACCCAGAUGAGGUGGGCUGUGUGGAUCCUGAUGAGUGCCUUAGAAUCUGUAAAGCUGCUGUAGGCUGCUCUAACAUUGCCUAUCCUAAACUGGUGGUGGAGCUCAUGCCAGUAGGUAUGCGAGGGCUGAUGAUUGCGGUGAUGAUGGCGGCUCUGAUGUCCUCCCUCACCUCCAUAUUCAACAGUAGCAGCACCCUCUUCACCAUGGACAUCUGGCAGCGCAUAAGACGCCAGGCCUCUGAGAGGGAGCUCAUGGUCGUAGGCAGGGUGUUUGUUUUAUUGCUGGUAGUUGUGAGCAUCUUAUGGAUUCCAAUCAUCCAGUCAGCCAACAGUGGACAGCUUUUUGACUACAUUCAGGCCAUAACCAGUUUCUUGGCUCCUCCCAUCACUGCAGUGUUUCUUAUGGCCAUCUUCUGGGGACGAGUGAAUGAACAAGGUGCAUUCUGGGGUCUGAUGGUGGGUCUAGUUAUAGGGGUCACACGAAUGGUAUUGGAGUUUGCUUAUGGCACCCCUUCCUGUGGGGAGAAGGACUUGCGGCCGGAUCUUCUGAAAGACGUGCACUACCUCUACUUUGCUCUCAUUCUGCUAGCUCUGACAGGCCUGGUCAUUAUUGUAGUGAGCCUCUGCACUGCCCCCAUUCCAGACCAACAUCUUAUUCGUUUAACCUGGUGGACAAGAUACAGCAAGGAGCAGCGUGUAGAUCUGGAGGAUCCGUGGGCAACCCCACCUGCAGCAGAAGACCCCAACCCUGCUGGCUCUGACUCACAGCUGGAGCAGGACAGGCCUUCGUGCUGGAGGCGUGUGGGAAUGUGGCUGUGUGGGCUGUCUGAAGCACCCGGGCCGAAGCUAAGCUCAGCUGAAAAGCAGGCUCUGGAGAAGAAGCUGACCAGCAUUGAGGAAAACCACAUCUGGAAAAAUGUUUGCAAUAUUAAUGCCGUCAUUCUGCUCACUGUUAAUGUGUUUCUUUGGGGCUACUUUGCUUGAGAAUAACAAUUAGAAAUACAUGGCAAAUAUCUGCUUUA